AUGGUCGCUGACUUAUACGUCAAUGAGUCUGACAACAACUGCACUCAGGUAGACUUGCUCAUGAAGCGGUACUAUCUGCCAAUCAUGUACAGCAUAAUAUUUGCAGUGGGCCUGGUGGGCAACACCAUGUCCAUCAUUAUCUAUGUGGCCAAGAUGCGACCAUGGAAGAGCAGCAGCAUCAUCACGCUCAAUCUGGCCCUGACCGACCUCCUGUACGUCCUAAGCAUGCCGUUCCUGGUCUAUUACUACACCCACGGGGACUCCUGGACCAUGGGCGAGUUUAUGUGCCGCUUCGUCCGAUUAGGCUUCCACAUCAACCUGUACGGCAGCAUCCUCUUCCUGGCCUGUCUGAGCGUCUUCCGCUACGUGGCGCUGGUUCACCCGCUCCGCUUGGGCCUGGUGCAGAGGAAGCGCUGGGGCGUCACGGCCUGCCUGCUGGUGUGGGCGGCCUCCUCCACCGAGAUCGCCCCCAUGCUCACCAUGAUCACCGUGGUGGAGAAGGCCAACCGCACGUACUGCCUGGACUUCGCUAGCAACGAUCCCGACGAGGUGUGGUGGUACGGCUCGCUGCUGACCGUCCUGGGCUACGCGGUGCCGCUAGUGGUGGUGUUCCUGUGUUACCUGCGCAUCGCGUGGGCGCUGUCCGAGGGCCCGCCCGCCGGUUGCCCGAGCCGCACGCGUGUGCGGCGGCUCACCGUCCUCAUCCUGACGCUCUUCGUGGUGUGCUUCAUGCCCUACCACGUCCUGCGGCUGUUGCGCGUGGACUCCCGGAGGAGGAAGGUCUCUUGCAUGACGUGGAGGUGGGUCCAUGCUGCUUACAUACUCUCUCGGCCAGUGGCGGGGCUGAACACCUUCUUCAACCUGGCCCUGUACACUAUGGCGGGGGACAGGUUCCAACACGCUUUCUUUGACCUUUUCUCGUGGGACUGCUGCCGCUCCAAACCCACAACGGGCUUACAAGUGGCUGUGAUUGACACUCCUGCUAGCAGUAGUAUAUGUAAUUUUGAAGGAAAGUGA